GCUUUAUAUCUGACGCCUUCCUGGCAAAUGCUAAGAUCAGGAGGGCCUGUCUAUCAGUGAGCGGAGACAAGCUCUGUCCCUCAGUCCUGCUGCCACACACAGAAUGUUCCAGACUCACUUAGACACACCUGUUACUCUUACAGGGAGUGGGAUGAACCAGCAGACUGAAUGGGGGUCUGGUCCAUGGCAUGCCCCCCACACCUACCCAUCCAAUUCCCAGUAUGACCCCUACCAUCACCUUCAGCCUCCAGCCUGGACUCAGUCCUAUGCCUCCUGGAAGGUUCAGAACCACCUGGAGAACUCCAAGUAUCACAUUCACCAAGCCCAGGCCCAGCAGGUCAAGCAGUACCUGACCCUGGGCAGCAAGCUUGCCGGCCAGGCCCACCCGCACCCAGGCCAGGCCCUGGGCCCCAUGCCCGUCAUGCGCAAUGGACAUAUGCCACCUGUCAGUGACAGCAGCACACCUGGCAGCCCCGUCACCCUGCUAACACUCGCCAACAGCCACGACAGUGAGUUUCCAAUGGAUGAAGUUAUUGAUGAUCUAAUUAGCCUUGAAUCCGGUGGCUUGGAUUGUAUGGAACCUAGCAUCAUAAUGCAAAACAACGUAUCCCUGAAUAGUGGCAUGUUGGAGGUGUACGGCGGUGACCAAGGUAUGACUGCCCCUCAUGGUGGACUGACACCCCCCUCAUGCCCCACAAAGCUCUCUGUUAAAAGGGAAGUCACAGAACAUGAUACCAGAGUCUUAGCAAAAGAGAGACAGAAGAAAGACAACCACAAUCUGAUUGAAAGAAGGCGACGGUACAAUAUCAACUACAGAAUCAAGGAGCUUGGAACACUCAUACCAAAGUCCAACGACCCUGAUAUGCGCUGGAACAAAGGGACCAUCCUCAAGGCCUCAGUGGAGUACAUUAAGUGGCUACAGAAAGAGCAGCAGCAUGCCCGCGAGCUGGAAAGCCGACAGAAGAAGCUGGAGCAGGCCAACAGGAGACUACUGCUCAGGAUCCAGGAGCUGGAGAUCCAGGCUCGUGCUCAUGGUCUGCCCAGCACGCUGGGGGCUGUGGAGCUUUCCUCUCACCUCUUAAAACAGCAACAGCAUCAGGCCCCUCAGCCUGUCCAAGGACCACAGGCCCCUCAGGCCUCUCAACCUGCUCUGUACCCUCAGGAGGAGCUCAAUGGUCCUGAAUACCUCCAGAGGACCUCCCUCCCUUCCAUUGUCCCCGCAGGAGGAGGCGGAGGUGGAGGUGUCAGUGAACAGGCUGACGUCUCCACCACGUUCUCGGAUCCGCUCUCGCACUUCACAGACUUCUUCAGCGCCACUCUGAAAGAAGAGCACCGGCUGGAUGAGAUCCUGAUGGAUGAAGCGCUCUCGCCCUUCGGCGCUGACCCUCUGCUCUCAGCCACCUCCCCCGCCGCCUCCAAAGGGAGCAGCCGUAGGAGCAGCUUUAGCACAGAUGACGGUGACGACCUCUAACCAACUGACCUCUGCCAGACAGAGGUUAAGUCAUGCAGUCUGGCCCCUACAGGCGGCCCUCUAGAGGAGGAACAAAGUAGCACAGGCCUUUGUGCACACCUGUGUGUGCAACUGAACUCCCGCUUUGUGCAUUGGACUACAGGGUGUUCAAAUCUGGUCUUGGAGAUCUGUCAGCUUGGAGAGUUCCAACAGACUUGGUUCUAAUAUCUUCUAGUCUUGAUUGAUGAAUUGCUUGAUUUUAUUUCAAGGAAUUUUGGAUUAUUUCUAUUGGUCUGUUCAUGAAACAUUAGUAUUGUAUAAAGGGCAGCUUGCAUUUUUAAAAUACAUAAAAAAGUUAUGAGUUAGCUUUGUUUAUGACAGCAACAAUAUAUUACAUCAAUAAAACUGCCACCAGUAUGUAAAGUAAAAGGCUCAACUGUGGUGAUGUGGUACAUUUUAUUUAUGUGGAAAUAGUACACAUUAGAAACAAGUAAAUUUGAUGUAUCACUCUGUAAACGUUUCCUGCAGCAUCCAGCUGCUUAGGGGCUGAUUUAACAGGUACUAGGCUUAACAUAAAAGCUACCUUUGUGCAGUGCAGCCUGUUCAUGUUUAGAACAGUAUAAAACUUCAUAAAAACAUAAGUUGUAACUACCCUGAGCUUAAUGUUAAGUAUAGUUGUUGCAGGUGUGUUAGCUAAGAGUUGGAACUAAACUAAGCUGAUAGAUGUCCAGACCCAGCAUUGGUCAUUCCUGAACUACAGAGACAAGGAGAGCUACUUCUUCAAGUCUUGCGCCAAUGUUGAGUCAGACACAUCAAAAAGAAAAAGGGAGAUUGACUGAAGUGCUGAUACUUAUCUGCUGUCCAGCCUACCGUGUCUGAUGGAUGGCCUUUACUGUAUAUCCUUGGUCACACUCAUAACACUGGCCACUCGCGUCCACUGGAGUUUGAAAAACUUUAUAUUUCUGAAAUGUAUCAUAAUGGCAUUGUUCACCUGGACCAGUAAAAGAAAAAGAAGAACAGGAGAAGAGAGGACUGUAUUAAUCCCUCAUGCCUUACCCAGAAAAACUGGUUAGCUUUAUAACCAAUUAAAAGAGGAAGCAAUGCAAAUGUAAUUACUAGCCAAAAAACCUAACAUGCCUUUUUCUGUCUUUUUUUUGUUGGUUUAUAAAGUAUUUUUUAAAAAAAGAUAUCCAUUUAUGUAUUUAUAUGUCUUAAUCCCUGUAUUGUUACAAACAAAUUUGUAGACAAUCUAACAUGUUCUGUUUUUUUAUAACGUUGGGGGUGGGGGAAACACAAUAAACCCCUUUUUUAUAAAUCAA